AUGUUGUCUACAAAUCCUCAGGAUGAUAAAAACAAUCAUAAAGUCAAGCUUGAUAAUAAAAACGACGAACAGAGAAUAUUAUUCGUUUAUAUUUACGAUUUUUUAAAGAAAAACGGGGCUACUGAAACUGCUAAAGUAUACUUGUCUGAAGUUGAUAUAACUAAACAUUAUAAACCUGUCGAUGGUGCAAACGGUUCAUCUGCUGCUGACAACGAUUCAAAUUCUUUGCCUGACGUUGAACUACCUGUAAAUGCUCCUGAGGGGUUUUUAUAUGAAUGGUGGAAUGUAUUUUGGGAUAUAUAUAGCGCAAAAGUUAAACAAAAUGGUGGUACUGGUGAAGCACGUAGUUACAUAGAACAACAGAUGAGCGUAGAUACUCCAAAUGUGAACGUUGAUAUUAAUAAUCUGAGUCCUCAACAAAGAAUGAAAAUGAAUGCUGCCAAUCAAACCAGAAGACCUUUUGGGACUCCUACCAAUACACGCCCUUCUAUCGCAUUACAUCCUAUGCAACAGACACAAGGUCAAAAUUCCCAACAAGGUCAAAAUCAAGCACAGCAAGUAUCUAAUGUUGUAAAUCAAAAUCAAGUUCAAAAUACUAGUGGUGCCUCCCAAGUUCAUAUGACACCUGGUCAAAUAUCUCAGUUAAAUCCUUCAACAAAACGUCCCGUAGAUACUCUAGUUGUGAAUCCAACAUUAAAUCAACCUACAUCCCCUAAACGUAUUAAAACAAUGCCACCUGAUGCCAACACUCCUUAUAAUAUUAAUAAUGGAAGAUCACAACAACCUAAUCAACAACAGCAAAUCUCACUUUUAACCACUGUAUGUAUAUAA